ACCGCCGUUGCUGCCGCACACGCACACGCACAGCGAACCGAGCGCACCACGGUCACGGCGACGACGUUCACGGGGACGAACGCGCGUCGGUUGCAGCACCAGCUACGGUGGACAGCAUCAGCACCGUUGACGGCCGCGCCGACCGGCAGUGACAUUUGCGCGACUCUUCGUACGGCCAUGGAUUUCCGGGCGAACGCUCAUCUCGGACCCGGUUCGACUUUUGCGCCGUACGAUGAUGAUAGUAAUAAAAAUAAUGUUAUUAAUAGUACGUUUGUGCGGCACCGUCCGACGAAUUGUGUGCGGACUGCUCGGACGAGAUGAGAAAUAUGAAAAAAAACGGACGAUCCGGAGAGUUUUUCGAGAAAAGUGUCGAUUAUUUAAGAUUAUAAUAGAAAAUAUGACGGGUCGGCAGAUACGUCGUUUGCUAUACGGACUGCUGAUUUUAGCGUUAUUUGUCAUUGUUAUACACAAUGGCCGUACUGCUUAUUGGCUAGUCAAAGAUGAACAUUACUUAAAACAGUCGCCCUUUCCCACCGAAGACCAGCAAGAUUACAACGAACAACAGAACUUACAAUACUUGGAAUCACCAAUUCAAUCUUUGACAUACAGUUCUUCAAUGAUGGAAUCGAACGAAAUUUCAAAAUUACAAUUACCGUGGUAUUUUAAAGAUGGUUCGCUGAGGCCAAACAGAGCUAAAAAAAAUACUAUAACUGGACAAAGAACUACACAGGUGUGGCCUAAGGAACAAAAAACUGGUGAUCGCAUUGAAAACCAACUAAUGUUUAUACCACCUAAUUAUCGAUACGACGAUGAACCAAUGAAGACAAUUUUACUUUUCAAUGGUUUAAGUAAUUGGAUGGUAGAGGAUGGGCAGAAUAUAUUUAUUUCAAAACAAUGUCCAGUAAAUAGAUGUACUAUUACUUCAAAAAAAUCAGAAGCUUCAAAUGUGGACGCAAUUUUAUUUCGUGAUCAUUUUUCACAUCCCGGUCACAGAAAAACUGGCAAACAAGUAUGGAUUUUAUAUUUUCUCGAAUCACCGUACCAUACAGAACUAAUUACUUACAACGAUGUGUUCAACUGGACAGCAACGUAUAGACACGAUAGUGACAUCGUCACGCCAUACGAACGAUGGGCGUACUACGAUCCGUCCGUGACACAAGUUGAACGAUUAGAUCGGAAUUACGCGUUUAAUAAAACAAAACAAGUGGCAUGGUUUGUAUCAAACUGUGGUGCCAAAAACGGCAGAUUACAAUACGCAAGAGAAUUGGCCAAAUAUAUAUCAGUAGAUGUGUAUGGCGUAUGUGGACAAUUCAAGUGCCCUAGAUCGGAUAAGUGUUUUCAAAUGUUGGAACAUGAUUACAAAUUUUAUUUGGCUUUUGAGAAUUCAAACUGUUUCGAUUAUGUGACCGAAAAGUUUUUCGUUAACGGCCUCCAGCACAACGUUUUGCCGAUCGUAAUGGGCGGGCGCCGAGAGGACUACGAGCGGUUAGCGCCUAGACGGUCGUACGUGCACGUGGACGAUUACGAGUCACCCAAGCGAUUGGCCGAGUACCUGCGGCGAUUGGACGCCGACGACGACCUGUACAACGAGUACUUCCGGUGGAAGGGCACCGGCGAGUUUAUCGACACAAAGUUCUUCUGUCGGCUGUGCACUAUGCUGCACGACGACGGCGCACCUGCCAAACACUACCGGAACAUCAACGACUGGUGGCGCGGCCCGGGCGUCUGCAACAAUGCUAUGCCGUGGCGGCGGUUCAUCGAGUCGACGGUCCAGACCGGCGGAGUGCGCGACCCGCGGUCGGCGGUCAACCGCGAUUAUAUCAUGACAAAUCGACAAUUACGUCUUCUACUGAUUCUUGUAUUAUGUGUUUCUAUUUUGUAUAGUAUUUUUACGGUGUAUUGGUUAAUUAAGAGAAGAUAUAAUCUGAAGACGUUACAGCGACCAGGCGCGUAUAAUAAACCAAAUGAGAAUAAUGUUUUGGAUAAUUAUAAUCAACAGAACCAUCCAUAUUAUUUGGAACCAAUUAUAACAGUAACACCUUAUUACAAAGAAAUGGAAUGGAAUGAAAUUGCGAACCCACCUUUACCAUGGUAUUUCAAAGAUGGUUCAAUAAAACCUACCAAAGCUUCAUCAAGCUCUGGAAUAAAACUUUCUCGGGUAUGGCCGGAGGAACAAAUAAAUAGCGAUCGCAUAGAAGAACAAUUGAUGUUUGUACCACCAAAUUACGAGUAUAACAAUGCACCAAUUAAGUCAAUUUUAUUAUUCAACAAUGUUAAUGAAUGGAUGGUUGAUAGUGGGCAAAACGAAUUUAUUUCAAAAAAUUGCCCAGUAAAUAGAUGCACAAUUACUACAAAUAAAUCAAAAGGCUCAAACAUAGAUUCAAUUUUAUUUCGAAAUGAAUUCUCACGUCCAAGUCACAUAAAGACCAAUAAACAAAUAUGGAUUUUAUUUAUUAAUAAGUCUGCAUACUAUACAGAUUUGAACGUUGGCUAUGAUUUAAUCAACUGGACUGCUACAUAUCGACAUGAUAGUGAUAUCGUUACGCCUUUUCAACGAUGGGCUUAUUACGAUCCGUCAGUAACUCAAAUUGAACAAUUUAAUCGAAAUUACGCACGAAAUAAAACGAAACAAAUGUCGAUAAUUAUCACAGAUUGUAACACUAAUUUUGACAAAGAACUAUUUUAUGCUAGAGAGUUGAGCAAAUAUAAUAUAUCUGUAGAUGUAUAUAGUGAAUGUGGUGAAUUUAAAAAUAUCGAAUCUGAUACAUUUCUACAAAUGCUGGAUCAGAAUUAUAAAUUUUAUAUGGCUAUCGAAAAUUCAAAUUGUAUUGAUUACGUGACCGAAAAGUUUUUCGUCUACGGACUUCAGCAUAACGUAUUGCCGGUCGUGAUGGGUGCUCGUCGCGAGGACUACAAUCGAUUCGCACCAGAACGAUCGUACUUACACGUGGACGACUAUGAGUCGCCAGUACAUCUGGCCGAGCAUCUGCGGCAGUUGGACGCCAACGACGAUUUGUACAACGAGUACUUCCAGUGGAAAGGUGCCGGCGAGUUUAUCGACACAAAGUUCUUCUGUCGGCUGUGCGCGAUGCUACACGACGACGGAGCGCCGACCAAGAGUUACCGGAACUUAAACCUCUGGUGGCGUGGUCCAGGUGUUUGCGUUGACCGUGGCCCCGAGAUCCCGACACAAUUGCCGGCACCGCCGUUAGCGGUUAAUGACAGAGAAGAACAAUAACGUAAUUAAGAGCACUGGCGACGUCAUCAGACUCAUAUAUUUUGUAUACAUUAUUAUUUAUUAUCAUGUAUUGCACCUACUCUUAUUAUAGACUCUGAUUCUCUCCUGACUCUCUGAUCUUUUAAGUAUCAACUCUUACACAUACGUUUUUCUUACCCCUUUCACUCCCACCAACAUCACAUAUUCAAAUUAUUUAAAAUUUUAGUCAAAUUAGUAUGCAAUUGACAUGUAUUUAUAAGAUAAUUUUUAUAAUUUUCACACUAUUUAGUUAUUCAUAAAACCAAACAUUUCCCAAGAGAGUUAGAGUAAUAUAUCUCCACCUCUCUCCUUCCACAAAGAUAAUUAUUAUAUUUACAUUAGAAUUGUUUUCUUGUGCCAAUUAAUACACAUAUGAUUAGCGUGAAUUUCAAAUUUGCACGAUUAAACUCAAAAUUUGCAUAUUAUUUCACCGCUCUAUAUAAAAUCCACUGAAAGUCGUAUUAUUUGACUUUACUGUGGAACUAAAAAAAUUUUGAAUUUGUUUAUGUAAAUUUGUCGUCCACUUUCUUUCUAUUUUAACCUCUUCUUGAAAGUUUUUAUUUUAUGCAUAAUUAAAUCCUGCAAAUUACGUAAAUAGCCUUGCAAAUACAAAUUAUACUGAAAUAUUUUGAAUAUUAUAAGGGGUUAGAAAAUACCUUUUGCAUGUUUUUUACAAGAAUAGUACUAUGGACGGGUUGAAAUGCAGUUUUUGGGGUAUACAAUCAUAUAAUUCCCCGCUUAUAGUUAGUAUACGUAUUAUAUAGGUAGUUUAGUAGUUAUAUAGUCAUAUAAACCGUUCAAAUUAUAUUCAAUAACUUCAUAUUCAUCAACCUUUUAUGUUGUAAAUUUAAACUUACUCUAACUUUGU